GGCGACAGUCGCAUUGGUCCCGCCUAAAGACACUUUAUUUUGGAUAGAACUAGACCUAGACUUCCUGGAAUUUACCUCAGACUGUAGCUGGUGGCACGCCGCGAAAAAUUAAACCGUGGACGCCAUGUUCCCCAUGCACCCCAAAAUGGACGAGCAGCAGGCCCAGGCUUACGCUGCAAACGAGGACGAGGAGGAGAAGCACAUCCAGAAAGUGCAGAACGCCUUCCUCUACUACGGUCCGUAUGCCUGCCAGCGUCUGAAGCGUUCCAUGGAUUACCUGAACAGCCUGUCCGGCGAGGAUCAACACAUGCUGGCCAAGUACCGGGCGCAUUUGGAGUGUGUCCGCACGUGCAUUGAUCGCAACCAAGCCGUCAUCCGAGAGAUUCUGCGCGAGCGUGUCCUCUAUCCACCAGAGGAGUCCACCGUCAAUCCAUCGACGGACAGUUGGGAGUUCGACGAGCCGCCGCCAAACGUAAGGCACGGCGAUAUGGACCAGACUGAUAUUCGACUUGAGGAUACUGACAUUGAACCUCUAAAAAUUUUAAAGGCCCAGUCGACGCUAAAGUUGAUUGCGCGCGACUGGAGCACCGACGGUGCCCUGGAGCGGGAGCAGUCCUACAAGCCGAUCAUCGACAGCAUAGUGGAGUACUACAAGCCCAGUGAUUACGAGCUGAAGGAGAUCAAGAUUCUAGUGCCAGGAGCUGGACUGGGGCGUCUUACAUACGAGCUUGCAUGUUUGGGGUACUCCUGCGAGGGCAACGAGUUCUCCUACUUCAUGCUGAUCGCCUCGAACUUUGUGCUAAAUCUGUGUGACUACGAAAACAAAUACGCACUGUAUCCCUGGGUGCACCAAUAUGUAAACAACCUGCGACGCGAGGACCAGGUGGCCGCCGUUCGCUUUCCCGACGUCUGUCCGCGCAAGAAUCCACCCAAGGGGCACUUUGAAAUAGCAGCUGGCGACUUCCUGGAGAUCUACAAGACUGCGCACAGCUACAACUGUGUCGCCACGUGCUUCUUUAUCGACUGUGCCAAUAACGUCAUUGAUUUCAUCCGCACCAUUUACAAGAUCUUAGUGCCUGGGGGCAUCUGGGUGAAUCUCGGACCGCUGCUGUACCACUACAGCGACGUCAGUGGACAGAACAGCAUCGAGCCGACGUUCGAGGACCUGUGCAUCAUCAUGGAGAGCGUGGGCUUCGUUAUCGAGAAGUCGCGCACGGGCAUCCACACCAAGUAUGCCCAGAAUCCGGCCUCAAUGAAGCAGAGCGAGUACCAGAGCCUCUUCUGGGUCUGCCGCAAGCCAGAUCCGUUUGAGGAGCAGCGCGGCAAGCGCAAGGCCUCCCGGGAGCCCCAUGAUCUCAUUGUGCGCGAGGAUAGCGAGGAGGAAGAGGAGGACGGGCGCAAGAAGGAGGAGGAGCAGCUAAAGCAGCCGAUCACGGCCGACGAUGAGACUGAAAUGGAGCUGCUGGCCCAGCCAACGUGAUAGUCAUGUAACACCAAACCCCAAGCCCACCUACAGAUGCCAUCACAGAGCUCGAAUCAACACGCCAAGGAUUCGCCAAUGUAAAAUAAACGUUUCGUACAUAUGUAUUCAAUAUGUAUAGACCUUUGUAAUGGCAUGCUUACACCUCGGUCGCAAUUCUCAAAAGUAACACCAGGCUUGACCUGGACCUGGACCUUGCAAUUACAGGAGUGGAAACAUUUACCAAACAAAGACGUUAAACUUAAAUAAAUACUUUUUAUUUGUUCAA